CGCACUGACGCAAGGUUGAAGCGUAUUGGUGGCUGUGAGGGUGACGUUAGUGACGUGUAAUAUCCUGCCGCGUCACAUUUAGAAGAAUCCAAGAUGGCGGACUGGGGCAGAGGGCCAAAUUCAGGAGCAGUGGAUGAGAUGUUGGAUGCAGAGAACAAACGGCUGUCAGAAAAUCUUUCUUCGAAGGUGACCAGGCUGAAAUCACUUGCACUGGACAUUGACAAAGAGGCUGAUGACCAUAACAAGUACCUGGAUGGCAUGGACUCUGAUUUCCUGAGUGUGACGGGACUGCUGAGCGGCAGUGUCAAGCGCUUCACCGGUAUGGCUCGGUCUGGGCGGGACAAUCGCAAGCUCUUGUGCUACGUUUCCUCUGGACUUGUGGGGCUCUUCUUCCUUCUUUAUUACCUCGUAUCCCAUUCCAGUACAUGAGAGCACUUCCAAUUCAUACGCCAGAAGGACUUUCUUUUGCACAAUACCCAAUGACCCACAUGUGGGAAAGGGUCGGAGGAUCACAGCACUUUAGGGAUCUACAGGGCAGUCUCUGCUUAUCCCUGAUUUCUAAUUAUACCAAUCUUAACCCAGUGAUUCGCAGAAUGUUUUAGUGUGGGGAUGGUUGAACUAUUUUCAUGAUUUCAGUUGGUACAGGGAGGGGUAAAAAUGUGGGCUCAGAUCUUAAAAUGUAAAAAUAGCUCUGCCUUUUGCUUCCCAGUCACUGAGCAGGUAGUAAUGAGAUGGGCAGAAGCACAGGCAUAGCUGUGUGUAUGUCGUUCAACACAGAGCUGAUACUGGCCUUCUAUUGUAAGCCUCAUAUAAAAUAGAUAAGCAUAAGCCAAGAUUAGAAAAUAACCCUGGUUCCCAUCAGUAAUGAGGCAGUACUUAUUUGGGGGAAUUAAACCCAUACUUUGUAUUUCACAGAAGUAGACAAUUGCAUCACAGGAUGAUAUGAUGUAGGUUUAGGCCACUUCUAGCAGAACCCAUCAGAGUCCCACCUGUGAGGGACCAUUGGUAUCAAUGCCAGCCAUUUACUGCUACAUUCAUAAUGUACCCACUGUGUGCCAAAAUACAGACUGAUGCCCAGCUGCUCUCAGUGUAAGUAGCCUGUUCCGGUCUUUUCUCAUGAUUUGCCAGUUUCUUAUAUUCUGCUUAUUCAGUGUAUGUGACCAGCAAUAUAUUGGCAGCAGCGGCGGUCUGUUUGGUGCGAUAUUUGUGGAUCCACAGUGGAUAAGAAACAGAAAUUCAUGGAAUGGGCAAACAAACCCCCAAGAAAACAGGUGGGCAUAUGAUCAGUGCAUGCCCGAAAUGUCACUUGUGGUAUAUAUGUAACUUCUGCCAUAACUAAGGUAUUUGGCUGAGGCUCCCACCUCUGCAAGAAAUGGCCAUAACCUUAAGAGGGGUUGUUUUUUUUAUAGUAUGAUGUGGAGAAUAUUAUUCUGAGGCCGUAUGCAUUUUGUCCUUAUUUUUCAGCAGCUAUCUGGUUGCUAGGGUCCAAUUCAACCUAGCAACAAUGCAUUGGUUUUUAAGAGAUGGGAAUAUGAAGAAAGGAGGGCCUAAAUAGGAAGAAAAGGUAAUAAAAAGUAACAAUAAAAGUGUAGCCUAAUCAUUUUUUGUCAGCUAGGCCGCCCCCCCAUUUCAAAGCUAAAAAUAGUAAAUAAUUCAUAAACAAUAAAAUAAAGACAAAUGAAAAGGUUGCUAAGAAUAGGCCAAUCUAUAAUAUACUAAACGUUAAGCUGAAGUUAAAGCACCCCUUUGAAGUAGAACUGCAGUGUCUGUACAUCAUAGGGUCUCUAUAGAGGGCUCCCCAAUAUGGCCCCAGCUCCCCCUUAUCUGAUAUAAAGCAGUGUAGCACAGUGGGGUUGGUGGCCACCAUGUCUGCCCAUUUGGCUUGUUGUCUUUGGCAACAAACACCAGAACUGUGCAUGUUCCUGUUCUGCCACAGACAGGAGGCGGCUACCUACACUGCUGUGCUACUCUCCUGCUUGUGAAUAGGGGAGUGGGGCUGGAUUCUAGGGUGGGAAUGCUGUAGGGACGAACCCUAUGAUGUAUAAAACACUUAUGUUGUCCUUUUAAGUUAUUUUAAGAAAUUAUAUUAUUUUUUCAUAUAGGGAAAACUUUGUAGCAGCAAAAGCCUUCAUACUCACCUACUAUACGCAUUCUAUUCCCUGAAGGCCUUGCACCUGAUUAUUCCUUGCUUUUAAGAUUUCAUACAUGUAACUUGUUAAUAAAAACUGGAAAAUCUAAAA